AUGAGGGAUCCAUGCAUAUUGGUUGAGGCGGUGCCUGCCUCUCGGAAAGUUCUUCGAAAACAUUUUAGUUUUUGUCGAGUGUCACAUGUUGUGGAGAAGCUCGCUGAUUUGGAGGCGCUCACAAUGCCGCUGCAAGGCAACAACAUGCAUUGUGAGGUGACCAAUGUCUCGCCCCACUCAAUACGAACUUUUGGGAAGCAGCCUGUAGGCGCCUGGAAGAAAGGAGAUGCAUCAACCAUCAAUGUUGAGACCACUGCGGGGGUCACGGUUGAGGUUCCAGUGUUUUAUGCCGCCACAUCUACUUUUGCCCAUGCCCGUGAGAGUAUCGAGAUCAAUACAGGUAAGAUGUUUGCAGAUCUCUCCUCUGUGUGCUCGCAGGAUAACACAUUUCUUCGCAACCUAGAUACAGGGGAGCUGCUUCUACCGCUGCCGUGGACGGUUGUUUCUGGUAGAGGUAAAGCUGGUGUGCGGCACGUGUCUCGGGGGAGGCGCAAGAGGUUUGUGGAGCUGCAUGAUCGGAGAGGGCGAUAUCAGAUUGUGGCAGUGGCAGUGAAGAGGGCGGUCGUCCGGCGAAGCGGCGUUGGCGAGAAAAAGGAUGGUCACUAA